CUUCCAGGUAAGUGGAAUGGAGGGAGGUGUGGGCACAUUGGAGGAGACUGAGACCGUACCCUGCAGGAAAGGAAGGGGAGCAUAAGGAAAAGAAGAGGGGACAGGAGAAGAGAGGCCUUUUAGACAUGGGUGGCAGACAGAGAGACAGAACCCUAUGGAAAGAGCGAAGGAAAUCAGCAGGGCCAGACAGAGAUGCUCUGAAAGAGAAAGAGAGAAAGGGACAUUGAUGCAGAGACAAAGACACACGGUCAGAGAGACAUGCAGAGACGUGGGUGAGACAAAGACAUGGAGAGACAUACAGAAACAAAGAGAGAAACGGAGUCUGAGAUUAGGAGACCCAAGGACAGACAUUUCCUAUCCAGAGACCACCAAAGUCAGCCUGAAGGGUGGGAGGAGGAGGCAGAGAGCAAAAGGGGAGGUGGAGAGAGAGAGAUGCUCAGAGAAGGCCCCAGACACUCUCAGAGGGGGAGGGAGAGGCUGGCCAAGGUGCAGAAGCUGCGCGAGCUGGCGGAUGGCAGGGGGAGGCGGAUAGUCGAAAAUGGUGAGGAGACGCAGAGACUGGCUGCAGCAAGACAGGCGUGUCCCCCACCCUCAGAGGUGCUCCCGCCCCACAGUGCGCCCAUCUGGGCUUCCCGCCUUGACUGGGAAAGCCUCGGCUCCCCCUCCAACAGAUGGAAGCCCGCCCCCAAGGGAGUCUGGUCAUAGCAAGGGCAAGCAGGAGCCAAGGCUUGCCUGCCAGGGACUGGGGUGUCCCGGUCCCCUCCUCCCUCAGACCCAGGAGUCCAGACCCCCAGCCCCUCCUCCCUCAGAUUCAGAAAUCCAGGCCACCAGCCCCUCCUCCCUCAGACCUAGGAGUCCAGACCCCCAACCCCCUCCUCCCUCAUACCCAAGAGUCAGGCCCCCAGUCCCUCCUCCCUCAGACCCACGAGUCCAGGCCCCUGGCCCCCUCCUUUUUCAGACCAGGAGUCCAAGGAUCCCAGCUCCUCUUCCCUCCAAGCAUCAGCUCCCAACCUUCCCUAAGGUUCCUGGGGGGCGGGGGCUGCUGGUUUCCUUCCCAACUCCUGCCAGGCCCCCAUCUCUCUCCUCUCCUGCUUUGUCCCUCAUUUCUCUACCUUGACCCCAUGACCUUCUAUCUCCACAUCUCUCCAUCCGGGGGGCCACCCCUGUGGGGAGGUAAGGGCCCUCCUGGCCCAGGCAGUGGAGACAUGUCCUGCCUGUCCCCCAGGCCUCCGUGCUUUGGAGUCAGACGCAGUGCUGCCGCAGGGCUGGUCCGGGGCCAAGCCAACCCCCCACCCUCUGACACCUUCAUAGAGACUGCUGGACCUCCAGGCUGUGGUAACCCCCAGGCUCAGCCUCGGGGUCUGGGGGCAGACCGCAGGCAGCUCAGGCCUCUACAAGGUCAUGAGGGGAUUAGCCCUGAGCUGCCUGAGCCUGGGAUCCCAGCUUGGCUCUGGGCCCACAGGAUCUGUCAGCAGCCCUCUCCCAGCACCUGGCCUCACCCCACCCCUCCUGCCAGCCUCCAGGGACACUGUCUUCCCCAGCUGCCCAAGCCCCCCAGAUGGGCACCUCCCUCCCACCCCUCACACUGCAUCCAGGGCAAGACAGUCCUGGGGCUUCUGUACCCCAAAUCCCAGCCAGCUCCUAGUCUGUCCUCCAGAGACCUGACCUUGCCCAUCCCUUGUUCAAAGCUGUCCAUGGCUGCUGCCAACCCCCAAGACAGAGGCCAGGGCCCACAGCUCGUCAGUCAGGUCCCCCAGGUCUGGCUGUGUCACCAUGCACAUAGGAGGCUGGCUCCCAGGCUCUUGUCCCAGCUGUGACCAACUGCUGCGGUACCCUCUCCUCCAUCCCCACCGGGCCUGUGGGGCCUCCCAGGAUUAGCUGGGUCCUCCGAGAGACAGAGACUGAGACACCCAUGGGGUUGAGGACGGGGCCCAGGAAAAGUGUUGGGUAGAGAAGACUGGAAGACAGGGAGAGUGACAGAGGCAGGGAGACCUGGAGCUAGAAGGACAGAGAUGCCGAGAUAGACCCGAGAGAGACAGACAGACGGACGGACAGGAAGGUCACAGAGUGAGGCAGCCAGAGAUAGACAAGGUGAUUGAAACAGAGAGGUGGAGAGGGACAGACACACCAAGCAUUCCAGGGAAGACAUAGCUCGAAAGUUAAAGACAGAGACUCGUGGCAGAGAGAGGCGGAGAGAAGGACGGGGAACGACACCGAGGGGAUCCUCGGGAUCUGAGAUCCCACAACAUGGCAACUUGGAGAGAGACAGGAACCCAGAGAGAAUCCAGAGAGAGACUCAGCCAGUCAUGGGGAGAGAUCGUUCGGGAGAUGCAGACAGACAUUGUAUGAGACAGAGAGACAUACAGAGCUGGAGAUCAGACAGACAGACAGAAUUAUACAGAGACCCAUGCUGAGAGGCUCAGAUAGACAGAUGACAUAAAGAGAUGGAGACAGAGCAGGGAGAGAAAUAGCCACAGAGAGACAGAGAUGGAAAGAUACAGAGGUAGGAGACAGAGAGACAAAAUAGAACAGUAAGACAGAAGGGAACAGAGACCUGGAGAGACAGAUCCAGAGACAGAGAAAGACAGACAUAGCAAGGGGAGGACACUCUAGGAUCUGGGACAGGCCCAGGGAGGGGGAGAACGAGACACAGAGAUAAAGAGACACCAAGUGACUGAAGGAGAGAGAGCCACAGAGAAGGGCACAGAAACAGAGACAGAAGCACAGACAGACCCAACAGAGACCCCGGGGACAGAGACCCAGAGAUAACAUGGCACCAGAGGCGAGACCCACGCAUUCUGAGAGACAACCACCCAGAGACACAGGGUAGAGACGGGGGGUGCAGACGAGCCUGACAGACUGUGACCCCCAGAGCCAGCCCUGCCCAAGGCACACAGAAGCAGGCCAGGGUGAAGGUGGGCCCGCAGGGAGGGCAGGUGUCCCCCUUGUAACCCCUU